AUGUACUGCAUGCGUGCACCUGUCACCAGAAGGGGGGAAAAUCCCCCCAUCCCCCCCAGCAAAUCGCACCCUGUACAGUCCCCACUGACCGAGGCUCUGGUGUUAGGAACCAGACAGCCCCCACUGACCGAGGUUCUGGUUUUCGGAAUCAGACAGCCCCCACUGACCGAGGCUCUGGUGUUAGGAACCAGACAGCCCCCUCUGACCGAGGCUCUGGACUUAGGAACCAGACAGCCCCCUCUGACCGAGGCUCUGGACUUAGGAACCAGACAGCCUCCACUGACCGAGGCUCUGGUGUUAGGAACCAGACAGCCCCCACUGACCGAGGCUCUGGUGUUAGGAACCAGACAGCCUCCACUGACCGAGGCUCUGGUGUUAGCAACCAGACAGCCCCCUCUGACCGAGGCUCUGGUGUUAGGAACCAGACAGCCCCCUCUGACCGAGGCUCUGGUGUUAGGAACCAGACAGCCCCCUCUGACCGAGGCUCUGGACUUAGGAACCAGACAGCCCCCUCUGACCGAGGCUCUGGACUUAGGAACCAGACAGCCUCCACUGACCCAGGCUCUGGUGUUAGGAACCAGACAGCCCCCACUGACCGAGGCUCUGGUGUUAGGAACCAGACAGCCCCCACUGACCGAGGCUCUGGUGUUAGGAACCAGACAGCCCCCACUGACCGAGGCUCUGGACUUAGGAACCAGACAGUUUCCACUGACCGAGGCUCUGGUGUUAGCAACCAGACAGCCCCCACUGACCGAGGCUCUGGUGUUAGGAACCAGACAGCCCCCACUGACCGAGGCUCUGGUGUUAGGAACCAGACAGCCCCCACUGACUGAGGCUCUGGUAAGUCGGCCGUGCCCUCGGACGCCGCGCCCUCCGGCUGGGCCUGUGGAGCCGUCGGUGCUUUGUCCAGAUCCAGGCGCUCCAUCAGGAGGUGGAGCAAAGACAAGUCCAGGUGAGAACCCUGUCCCAAACCCCGGGCCAAACCCCAGGCCAAACCCCGGGCCAAACCUCAGGCCAAACCCUGGGCCAAACCCCAGGCCAAACCCCGGGCCAAACCUCAGGCCAAACCCUGGGCCAAACCCCAGGCCAAACCCCGGGCCAAACCUCAGGCCAAACCCUGGGCCAAACCCCGGGCCAAACCUCAGGCCAAACUCCAGGCCAAACCCCAGGAUAAACCCCGGGCUAAACGGGCUAAACCCCGGGCUAAACCGGGGGCCAAAUCCCAGGCCAAACCCCAACACAAAAGGGUCAUCUUCAUCCCAUUCUGCUUUGUGCAGCUCCAGUCCGUCCCAGAAAGAGUACCCCACCAGUUCAACCCGGAGGAACGAGUACCCCACCAGUCAGCCCCGGAGGAACGAGUACCCCACCAGUCAGCCCCGGAGGAACGAGUACCCCACCAGUCAGCCCCGGAGGAACGAGUACCCCACCAGUCAGCCCCGGAGGAACGAGUACCCCACCAGUCCGACUCGGGGAGAGGCGUACUUCACUGACAGGUACUGA